GGGCUGGACAAACUUGAGCUCCAGGAACCUGACACUGGUCCGGCGCCAGGCCCUCGGGCUGUGCUGGGUCGGCCUCGGGCGGCAACUGGGAGCGGCGCCCAGAUGGGCGUGUGCUUCCACCUGUCCCGGCCCGUUUCCCAAGACUGAGUGGGUCAGGCUGGGGCGGCUAGACAGGCUCGCGUCAGGGCUGAGAGAAGGGAGAGACGGAGAGAAGGCGCCGCGGGACCCAGGAGGCCGCGGGCCAAGGCGGGAUAUUGAGGGGCCCAGAACGGGAGCGCAGAGCACUGGCCUGCACUGAGAUCCCCUCGCCCUGUGCUGCCCAGUCAGCUAUCAAAGCGCACCCUCCCCUCACGUUUCCCAUCCUGGCGCACCCUCAGCUCAAGUCUCUGCCAGCAGGCGUCAGCCCCGCCUUUCUUCUUCCCGUGGGCGCUCGGAGGCCCGCCCCGGCCGCUGCGCUGGGAGCGGCGUACCGUAGGGUAGGGUAGCCUCUCCCGCGCCGCCCGACUUGGGUGAGCUGAGGGUGCGCAUGGCGGCCGUGGGGCCGCGGACUGGCCCGGGCGCCGGGGCCGAGGCGCUGGCGCUGGCGGUAGAGCUGCAGGGCGAGGCGACCUGCUCCAUCUGCCUGGAGCUCUUCCGGGAGCCUGUGUCCGUCGAGUGCGGCCACAGCUUCUGCCGCGCCUGCAUCGCGCGCUGCUGGGAGCGUCCGGGCGCCGGGGCCACCGCCGCGUCCCACAAGUUGCCCUGCCCGCUGCCCUGCCCCCAGUGUCGCGAGCCCGCGCGCCCGGGCCAGCUGCGGCCCAACCGGCAGCUGGCCGCGGUGGCCACACUGCUGCGGCGCUUCAGCCUGCCAGCGGGCGCGCAGGGGGAACGCGGGCCUCCGGAGGCGGUGGCGGCCGGGUGCGCGCAGCACCGCGAACCGCUCAAGCUCUACUGCCAGGACGAUGGACGUGCCAUUUGCGUGGUGUGCGACCGCGCCCGCGAGCACCGCGCUCACGCCGUGUUACCCCUGGACGAGGCGGUGCAGGAGGCCAAGGAGCUCCUAGAGUCCAGGCUGAAGGUCUUGAAGAAGGAUCUGGAGGAUUAUGAGGCAUUUCGUUCCACCGAAGAGAAGGAGAGCAAGGAGCUCCUGAAGCAGAUGGCAGCCGAGCGAGAGAAGGUUGGGGCGGAGUUCCAGGCUCUGCGGGCCUUCCUGGUGGAGCAGGAGGGCCGGCUCCUGGGCCGCCUGGAGGAGCUGUCCCGGGAGGUGACACAGAAGCAGAAUGAGAACCUGGCCCAGCUUGGGGGUGAGAUUGCCCAGCUCUCCAAGCUCAGCAGCCAGAUCCAGGAGACAACUUGCAAGCCUGAUCUUGACUUUCUCCAGGAAUUCAAAAACACACUAAGCAGGUGCAGCAAUGUGCCUGCCCCCAAGCCAACCACAGUCUCUUCUGAGAUGAAGAAUAAAGUCUGGAAUGUUUCUCUCAAGACCUUUGUCUUAAAGGGGCUGCUCAAGAAGUUCAGAGAGGAUCUUCGGGGAGAACUGGAGAAAGAGGAAAAAGUGGAGCUGACCCUGGACCCCGACACGGCCAACCCCCGCCUCAUCCUCUCUCUGGAUCUUAAGAGCGUGCGCCUUGGACAGCGGGCCCAGGACCUGCCCAGCCACCCGCGCCGCUUCGACACCAACACGCGAGUUCUGGCAUCCUGCGGUUUCUCCUCCGGGAGGCACCACUGGGAGGUGGAAGUGGGCUCCAAGGACGGCUGGGCCUUCGGCGUGGCACGUGAGAGCGUGCGCCGCAAGGGCCUCACGCCCUUCACCCCCGAGGAGGGCGUCUGGGCGCUGCAGCUCAACAGCGGGCAGUACUGGGCGGUGACCAGCCCUGAAAGGACGCCCCUCAGCUGUGGGCACCUGUCCCGCGUGCGGGUCGCCCUGGACCUGGAGGUGGGGGCCGUGUCCUUCUAUGCUGCGGAGGACAUGCACCACAUCUACACCUUCCGUGUCAACUUCCAAGAGCGCGUGUUCCCCCUUUUCUCUGUCUGCUCCACUGGCACCUACUUGCGAAUCUGGCCUUGAGGGGCAUUGCCUGGCCUCCCUGAGGGGGUCAGUCAGUCAAGGGUGAACUCCUCCUAGCCCUGGCUGCCCAUGGGAAGGCAUGUUGCCCUCGGAUGGAGCCUCCUGGUCACUCUGGGUAUGCCCUCCAUACUCUUGCCCCAGGCUGCCUUAGAGGGGCUUCUGCAGACUACAACAUCAAAGACAUGAGAAUGGGCUGUUGGGGAAAAGGGCUCUGAGGUCAGUUGAGCAGGGGAAGAGAUGCUUUGGACCCUCCUGGCACGUCUCCUGCCUGUUGUCCACGUGUGGAUUUGGCCUGAGCUGUAAGGAGGUGGAGGUGGAUGAGGACAGGAGCCCAGCUCCACCAGAGGUGCUUCCUAUCACUACCCCACCUCAGCAGGGCUUCUGGUUCUGUGGAACAAAACCAAGCUCUGGUCCUGUGCCAUCCUCAGUUGCAAGGGGGCAGGUUCCUGCCAGGCCAAUCAGGUUCAUGAUCCCUUCUGCUUUGCCUUCCUGUCAGCUGCCAGCUCUGCCUUCAGAGACCUGAAUCUAGCUGGCCUGACAAAGUUGUCUACUCAGGGAGGAUCACUGUACUUCCAGCUCAGUGGAGAGGUUUGGGCCGGAACUGGUAGGAGACCCUUGAUCUGUACAUGAGGGAAAAGCCCAGGGUAACAGCAUAUAGGCAUUGCUGCCGUCCAAUAUGGCUUAGCCUGAUGACAGAGUGUAUGUACAAUACAUCCUUGGCCACAGUGACUGCUCCGUGUUCUCAAGUUUGCCUAAACCCUUUUCAAGUGCCAAAGUACCGUCUCCCUUGGGUAAGGAGACCAAAGAUUCUGGAAUUUUGAAACUCAAGGCGGCACGCAUAAUUUUACAGAAGCAACUAACACCAGCAUGGAAAUGCACAGAGUACAGGCAUACCCCUGACAGACACUUCCUGGAGCUUCCCAAAUGUGUGCCAACAGCAGAAGACCCUGGUGCCAAGGCCUGCUCAGCCUGUACCCUGGAGGGUGUUAUUCCCUUGGCUAAUUGUUCCCCAGCUUCUGCAUGGCUGGGCUUCUGGGAGAGUGGAGGUGGGCUGUUCCCUGCUUAGUGUGCUCCAGGAAAGGGGGAUGGGGAGAUGGAAAUACAGACUGUGAGCUCA